CCGACCACAACCAAGGAGGAGCAUCUACGAGCUCGCACAUGCAUCAUCGUCCUUUGUCGCCCGCAACCAACCAACUGCACAUCGGCUCCUGCUCUGGCAGCAGGCUCGCCGCGUUCCGGUGCGACCGAAACCACCACCGCCUCCCAAACCCCCCCCUCGCCAUGACGAGGCCACGACGAUCAUCGGGCGCGAGCCAGGAGAGCACCGGAACGGCCCGCGACCAGGUACGGCCCCAGGAAUGCCCGGGCGGCCGCCGCGGCUACGCAUCUGUAAUCUGUGCUGCGCUGACGGUCUUGGCCUGCAGGAGCUGGGGAGCAUGUACGAUUACUUGGCCAAAAUCAUUCUCCUGGGCCCGAGCGGAACAGGAAAAUCUUGCUUGUUGCAUCGCUUCGUCAAGAAUGAGUGGCGGGUGCUCUCGUCGCAGACAAUCGGUGUCGAGUUCGCCAGCAAGAUAAUCAAAGUGGGCACCGGGGCACGUCGGAAACGAAUCAAGCUCCAGCUAUGGGAUACGGCAGGUACCGAACGAUUCCGCUCCGUCUCGAGAUCAUACUAUCGCGGCGCCGCGGGCGCGAUCCUCGUCUACGAUAUAGCUUCGCAUGCCUCGUUCCGGGCACUACAGCCAUUCCUCAAUGACGCGCGCGCGCUGGCGUCGCCGAAUUUAAGCGUCAUGCUCGUGGGCAACAAGCUCGACCUCGCGUCGGAACCCCUCGUCGAUACGAGUCUCGCGCCAGCGACUCCAAGCAGCUUUGGCUCCACCUACACCAUGACCGCCGCCGGCCCCACGGCCUCGUCCGGCUCGCUAUCAUCGACCUCGAAUGUUGUCAGCGCUUCCGCUGCGCCCGGCACCUCGACAGCCUCGGGCAGGGACCGAGGUAGCUCCGUCGGGGCUGGAACGCAUCAGCGUGCCACGAUUGCGCCCGAAGGACGAGAAAUCACAAGCGCAGACGCAAGCCGGUGGGCGAGCCAGGCUGGGAUACCCGUGGUGACGGAGGCCAGCGCGCUCAACGGCGAGGGCGUCGACGAGAUAUUUGGACGCCUUGCCCGCAUGAUCCUCACCAAGAUUGAGCUCGGUGACAUCGACCCAGACGACCCGAUGAGCGGGAUUCAAUACGGCGACGCCGGGGGUUACACGGCCAGUGACGGGGCCAGCAUCAAGAGUUCCGUGACGGGUGGGACCAUGGACGACGGCGCCGGGCUCGGGCUGGGUCCGGCGGGGCUGCGCAGGCGGCGCAAGGGAAAGAACAGGAACCAGAACUGGGGUCUGCGAGAGUGGGAGGAGGUUUUUACGCUGACGAACAGACGACGAGGCAACAGCUGCUGCUGAGUGGUAUCAACCCAUCUAUCAUUUUUUUUUUCAUGUUUGUUUGUUUCUUUGGCGGCGUGGAGCAAGCGGUCGUUUUGCCAUUGGAGGGGUUUCCCUCUUGUCUCUCUGAGUGGCGUCUUGUCGACGCAGGUGCUUAUGGACAUGAUCACUCAAUGUCAUGUGGGGCCACAGGAGACGCAGCUGCGGGUUGCAUUUUUUUUUUUUUUGCAGAGGAUGGAUAUCAUCGUGAUGCCGAACAGACGCGUCGACGUGUGCAUGGAGGAGUUGGUGUGGUGGGCGAGAUGCAUCAACAUGUCUGGGGCCCGCGCCGCGAAUCACCGAACAAUCGAACAAUCGAACAAUAUAGCGCUUACCUUGGCGGGAAUAUACUAAGCACGAGGAGUCCGGCUACUUCGUAUCAAGCAAGAACGCUCCUCACACUAGGAAGUGAAGCACAAGCACAGU